UGGAGCGUGCGCAAAGGCGGCGGCAGUGCCCGUCACUGGGCGGCAUGGCGGUGUGCGCUCGCCUCUGCGGCGUGGGCCCGUCGCGCGGAUGCCGGCGCCGCCAGCAGCGCCGGGGCCCGGCCGAGACGGCGGCGGCCGACAGUGAGCCGGACACAGACCCCGAGGAGGAGCGCAUCGAGGCGAGCGCGGCGGUGCUGGCCGGGGUUGGGGGCGGCUUGUGCGCGGGCCCCUCGCCGCCGCCCCCGCGCUGCUCGCUGCUGGAGCUGCCGCCCGAGCUGCUGGUGGAGAUCUUCGCGUCGCUGCCGGGCACCGACCUACCUAGCUUGGCCCAGGUCUGCACUAAGUUCCGGCGCAUCCUGCACACCGAUACCAUCUGGAGGAGGCGUUGCCGCGAGGAGUACGGUGUUUGUGAAAACUUGCGGAAGUUGGAGAUCACAGGCGUGUCUUGUCGGGACGUCUACGCGAAGCGUAUAAACCCUCGCGUGAAGUCGGGACGUUUUGUGAAAAUUCUCCCUGAUUAUGAGCACAUGGCGUACAGAGACGUUUACACCUGCCUGCUUCACCGAUACAGACACAUUUUGGGAUUGUGGCAGCCAGAUAUCGGGCCAUACGGAGGACUGCUGAACGUGGUGGUGGAUGGUUUGUUCAUCAUCGGAUGGAUGUACCUGCCUCCCCAUGACCCCCACGUCGAUGACCCCAUGAGAUUCAAGCCUCUGUUCAGGAUCCAUCUGAUGGAGAGGAAGGCUGCCACAGUGGAGUGCAUGUACGGCCACAAAGGGCCCCACCAUGGCCACAUCCAGAUUGUGAAGAAGGAUGAGUUCUCCACCAAGUGUAACCAGACGGACCACCACAGGAUGUCCGGCGGGAGGCAGGAGGAGUUUCGGACGUGGCUGAGGGAGGAAUGGGGGCGCACGCUGGAGGACAUCUUCCACGAGCACAUGCAGGAGCUCAUCCUGAUGAAGUUCAUCUACACCAGUCAGUACGACAACUGCCUGACCUACCGCCGCAUCUACCUGCCGCCCAGCCGCCCUGACGACCUCAUCAAGCCUGGCCUCUUCAAAGGCACCUAUGGCAGCCACGGCCUAGAGAUCGUGAUGCUCAGCUUCCACGGCCGGCGCGCCAGGGGCACCAAGAUCACGGGCGACCCCAACAUCCCUGCCGGGCAGCAGACGGUGGAGAUCGACCUGAGGCACCGGAUCCAGCUGCCCGACCUCGAGAACCAGCGCAACUUCAACGAGCUCUCCCGCCUUGUCCUGGAGGUGCGCGAGCGGGUGCGCCAGGAGCAGCAGGAAGGCGGGCACGAGGCGGGCGAGGGUCGCAGCCGGCAGGGACCCCGGGAGUCCCAGCCAAGCCCCGCCCAGCCCAGGGCAGAGGCACCCAGCAGGGGCCCAGACGGGACACCUGGUGAGGACAGUGGCGAGCCCGGGGAUGCCUCGGCCGCAGCCGAGCAGCCUGCCCAGUGUGGGCAGGGGCAGCCAUUCGUGCUGCCCGUGGGCGUGAGCUCCAGGAAUGAGGACUACCCCCGAACCUGCAGGAUGUGUUUUUAUGGCACAGGCCUCAUCGCGGGCCACGGCUUCACCAGCCCUGAACGCACCCCCGGGGUCUUCAUCCUCUUCGAUGAGGACCGCUUCGGGUUCGUCUGGCUGGAGCUGAAAUCCUUCAGCCUGUACAGCCGGGUCCAGGCCACCUUCCGGAACGCAGAUGCGCCGUCCCCACAGGCCUUCGACGAGAUGCUCAAGAACAUUCAGUCCCUCACUUCCUGACCAGCCACGUCCUUGCGGCCACAUCCCAGGGGCUCUGGGGCUCUGGACUCUGACCUGUGAAUAGCAGCAGCAUGCACUUUGGAAAUCUGGCCUUUUGACCAGAACGCACACCUCGUCGGGGGUCCCAGCCCAGCCACCCCCCAGCACUUUAUGUAGAGAGUGUGACAUAGACCUGCAUAUCUGUCAGUGCCAUGAUGGAAGAAGCUGAGCAUGUCUUACCAAAAAAAGAGAGAACGAGCCGGAAUACAGCGGAUCUAGGGGGACAGCCGCGGGACCGCGUGAGAAUUGAAGCCGUGGGGUUGCCGCACCCUGGGCUGGCUGACGGUUUUCUCAGGAAACAGGACCCUCCUCUGGCGCUCUUUUCCCAUGAGCGGAUAGAAUGAUAGACUGGGUCGUGUGUGAGACGCAUGUCUUGCACUCCACCCCUGUUGGGGGAAGCCGGCCAGCAGUGGCCUCUGGGAGGGAGUCAGGAAGAGGCAGACAGCUCAGGCAGCGCAGGUGUGAUGGGCACAGUGUGCGGAGAGCAAGCUCGGGACGUUGACAGGAUCUCAGGCUUGGGGCCGGGACUCUGGAGUGAAUCCCCGUUUCUCUACCGGCUCGCUUGGAGUUUGGACAGACGCAUUUCACCUCUGAUCUCAGCCUUCCCCACCUGUGGAGUGGGCUUAGUGAUCUGAGUCACUAGGGAAUGUCACUGUGAAUGCACGGCCCAGCCCACUCACCUGCCCCGGCCCCUCUUCUCCAGCUUUGGAGCCAAGGCCAUUGUUCCAGCCACUUGACUGUCCUUGACGGCCUGUUCCAGACAGGGCAUUUGUUUUGUCCCUGCCUUCCUCCCUGCACACAUAUGGUGUCAAAACCAAGCUGUCAGCACUUCCUCCAGAAUGCAAGACUCCAGACCCGCUUGUCUGAAGCAGUGUGUGGUUCACACAGGUGCCAGGAGUGCCCACAGGAGGUGACGAGGAAACCCCUUUGCAGGUGAGGGGACGGCUUUCUAGAAAAGCCACAUCUGCAUCUGGGGACACACUUUGGAAAGUGGGACCCUCCAGCUUGGAGACGCCGUGGACUGACGCCUCCAGGGCUGUAUGCCCCGUGUCGUGUUAACCUGUGUGUGGGGCCCCGUCUGAGGUCUUGGCUGAGGUUGGCAUCUCCUGAAGAACAGAGUACGGUGCCUGGAGCUGGCCCUUCCCCCAGCCCGCAGCCAGCUCUGUGCCUGAGUGGGCGUCCCCAGCGAGUCUUCCCUCUCUGCCGCUUGUCCUUGUGUCUGGGCUGCUCCAAGCCCUUGUGCUGCGCACCCUGGACACGUCCUGCUGGUGAGGGACCCUGGGAAGAUGACAGUCUGUGUGCCUUUGUGUGGAGACCAACCUGAGGAUGUCCUGGGAAACGUUUUCCUGGUGAAUUUCUCCUUGACUGGCCUUUAAAAAAAAAAAAAAAGAAUUCCCAUUGCCCAGCCUCAGUGCAUUUGGCAAAUUCUUUCUUCGCGUCCCCGAGUCAGAGAAUUGGCAAAGGCCCCUGGUAAUCUGGCUGGCCUGGGAGAAAGACUCAGGAGAAAAGCCAGUGGAGGAGGUGCCUCUCCAGGUGGCAGCAGGGCCACCCACCUGUGAGCCACACAGACCCCCAGGAGCUCCUGCUGGCUCUCGUGUGUGGCCCCAGUUUCUAGCGGCUUUUGCAGCAUUAGCCUACAAGCUUUGUCACUCCCUGCCCUCUGUGGUGGUCACUGUUUUUCUCUCGUGCCAAAUGAGGUGGUCCCUGAGUGACAGUGACUGUGGCCUUGCAGCCUGGAGGACCCUUGGCAUGUAGACUUGGCACCAUUGGAGAUUCACCAUUGUUUAAAUAAAAUCAAGCAAAUGCAUUUUUACCAAGAGCCCGAGACUGGCUCUAAGGGACCCAGUCCAUCAGAGGCGCACCCUCUGGGGCUUGAAGAGCACACUGCAGGAGACGAGUGCUUCUGAUUAAAGGAAUCUCAGAUCUCAA